CCAACUAGCCACGAAUAGCAAUCUAAACAGAGACAGCCAGCGGACCCAACGAUUCCAAAAUUACACAGACCGCCACUCGAUUACCGCAGAGAAAAACUAUAGUUUACCAGCGGAGAGAGUGAGACCCAUUAUAAAUGCAACUUUUUUUUUUUCCUCUCCAAUAUUUGUCACGAUUUGGACAGCCUUACUACUGGAUUCUGCAGCUAAAUUUGUUCCUCGAGCUGUUGGGAGUAGAAAAAGACGCGUUCGGCGAAUAUGAAGAGAGGCCGCCGUCCUGAAGGAGGACUGAAGAGAGGAGCUUGGACGAGCCAAGAAGACAAGGUUCUAUCGGAUUACAUCAGCGCCCACGGUCUCGGGAGGUGGAGGAGCCUACCGAUGAAUGCAGGUUUGAACAGGUGUGGCAAGAGUUGCAGGCUAAGAUGGCUGAACUAUCUGAGACCGGACAUAAAGAGAGGGAACAUUACUGAGGAGGAGGAAGAACUAAUUGUUAGACUCCAUAAGCUGCUAGGCAAUAGAUGGUCAUUGAUAGCGGGAAGACUGCCAGGGCGAACGGAUAAUGAGAUCAAGAACUACUGGAAUACUUAUCUCCGGAAAAAGGUAACCGGUGAAGCAUCAGAAAAGAAAAAUACAGCUGAUGAUGAUCCAGUCGCAAAAAAGAAGGAAAAAUCUGAUGGCAAUGUGAUACGAACCAGAGCCACACGGUGCACGAGACCCAUACUCACUGAUCAGGUUCGAAAACCCAUCACAAGUAAUGAUGCUUCAGAUGGUCUCGUACCGACUGCGUUGGCUCCUGACUUCCAAGAUUUCAACGGGCACACUGAAUAUCCUCUCUUGAACGGAAAAGAGGAUGGAAGUUGGAUUAAUGUGGAUGUUAUGCAGAAUUUGAUCUUUAGUCAGGUGCCGAGAGACAGCUCCAACGCUAGUACUGAAAGCUUGCAGAGCAUCGCUGACGCUGAAAUUUCUUUCGACGAAGAAAACUAUGCUAGGGAGCUGUACUCUCUCCUCGACACUGAUUCGUGGGACUCUCUCGUUGUGUCCCGAAGGGCUUGAAGGGUGAUUUUUGAUCUAUAGAUCCAGUAACGUGUUUGAAUAACAGGCGGCAUUAAGCUUAUAUCAUCAUUUUUAUCAUGUUUGCUUUGGCAAAUAAAUUUCCUU